AUGGCAACAAAGUCAGACAUCGAAAAAAGACCCUCUGUGGCCGACACUGAGAGUGGAAGGCUGGCAGAUGUCGGCUAUGCCCCCGAGCUCAAGCGCAACUUUUCGACCACGUCCAUGCUGGCUCUUUGCGUGUCUCUCAUGGCUACAUGGGAAGCGCUGUGCAGCACUUUGGCAGCUGGACUCGUCAGCGGAGGCCCAGUGUCCCUGAUAUAUGGUGCCAUCGUUGCUGCCAUUGGGUCACUCUGUUCUGCCAUGUCUCUAGCUGAGUUGGCAUCCAGCAUUCCCUCAGCCGGAGGACAGUAUCAUUUUGUUUCACACCUUUCCUCGAAGUCCGGAUCGACUAUAACCAGCUGGUUCGCGGGCUAUAUCAUGACCUUUGGCUGGAUCACAGUCACCGGAAGCGCCCCUUUCCUCGCCGGCACAAUGGCCCAAGGUCUCCUCGUCCUAAACUACCCCGAAACAUACACGUACGAACGAUGGCACGGCACUUUGAUGUACUGGGCAAUUCUCAUUGGCGCCACAAGCAUCUGCAUCUUCUGCAGCAAUAUCCUCCCUCUGAUCGAAAAGGUGUCUCUGACUCUCCAUGUGGUUCUAUUCUUUGUCAUCCUCAUCGCCAUGUGCGUCGUCUCACCGACAAAGAACUCAGCCGCCUGGGUCUUUACGUCGUUUGAGAAUAAUUCGGGAUGGUCUAGCGAUGGUGCUGCUUGGUGUAUCGGCAUGCUCAGUUCAUGCUACGUUCUGGUCGGCUACGAUGGAGCAACGCACCUCAGUGAGGAAAUGCGCAACCCUGAAGUAGGCGUGCCCUAUGCUAUGAUUGGCAGUGUUGCUCUCAACAGUGUGCUUGGUUUCGCGUUCUUGAUAGCCGUUCUCUUUUGUAUGGGAGAUAUCCAGUCUGCGUUAGCCACGACGACGGGAUUCCCUAUUAUUGAGAUUUUCUACAACAUCACAGGGAGCACCGGGGCGGCUUCCGCCAUGUCGAGUGCUGUCGUGCUCAUGGCGAGCUUGGCCACCAUUCCGUUGCUAGCAUCAGCUGGCCGCGUCAUGUGGGCAUUUGCAAGAGAUCAAGGACUCCCAUUUUCCGAGACGCUUUCGAGUGUGGAAAAGAAGCGCGGCAUCCCGACGGUGGCGAUCAUUGUGACCACGGUCCUCCUGAUGCUGCUUGGACUUAUCAAUAUCGGCUCAACAACAGCCUUCAACGCGAUCCUAUCCCUCGCAGUCGUUGGCCUCGAAAUCUCAUACAUCAUGCCUAUUGCGCUGCUCAUCUGGCGUCGCAUCACAUCGCCAGAGCAACUGAAGUGGGGACCAUUCCGUCUCGGAAGGGCGGGAAUGUUUAUCAACAUUGUUGCCGUGGCUUAUCUUAUCUUUACCAGCGUCUUCUCGCUGUUCCCUCCCUACCAGCCCGUCACAGCACAAAACAUGAACUACGCGUCUUUGGUGCUGGGCGCGACGCUUCUGUUUGGACUCGUGUACUGGCCGCUCAGGGCGAGCAAGAAGUACUCAGGUCCGUUGAAUGAAACCGAGGGUGUAGCAGUGGCGAAUGUCUCGGAGCCGGCGGAAAGAUAA